CUGGUUGUCUUCAUCAUGACCAUCAUCUUCAUCUCUCUGCUCCUGCUGGUUUCUCUGGUCCCAGACCUCACCUUCACUACUCAUGUGAGUAUCGAGGACGGGACUGAAGCAAAACCUCAUUCCAGACCUUACAUGGUUUCUCUUCAAUAUUAUAGGCAGCAUAUCUGUGGUGGAUUCCUCAUUACUGAAGAGUUUGUCUUGACUGCUGCACAUUGCUGGAAAAAAAGUGACAUCUUGACGGUUGUGGUUGGCGCCCAUGAUUUGCGUAAAAAAUGCAACUCCUUUAAAGUGUUAUCCUACAUCCAGCACCCAGACUAUAAUUCUAAUACUUUUGAGAAUGACAUCAUGCUUUUGAAGCUAAUGAAAAGAGUCACACUGAGCAACAAUGUAGGACUGAUAUCAUUACCAAAGAAUGGAGAAGAUGUUAAAGCAGAUACUCUCUGUAGUGUUGCUGGUUGGGGAACACUGUGGAUGAACGGCCCAGUGCCUAAUCGUCUAAGAGAGGCAGAGACGAUUAUAGUGAAUGAUGCAGAGUGUAAACACAGAUGGGAAUCUCUUUAUAAAGCCUCAAAGAUGAUCUGUGCUUAUGGCCAUGGUGGAACCUGCAAUGGGGAUUCUGGAGGUCCUUUGGUUUGUAAUAACACUGCUGUUGGAGUCACAUCUUACGGUGACCCUUACCUCUGUAAUUCACGUCUGUUUCCUGAAGUGUAUACUAGGAUUUCAACAUAUCUCUCAUGGAUCCACAAAAUAACUGGAAAUGUUUAG